CAUUUAUUCAGCUUUUCCUUUUUCCCUAGCUAUAACUUUCAAACAAAAUAACAAUACGAAAUGGGUGGGAAUUCACCCUGCGCUUCAUGCAAAUUGCUGAGACGUCGUUGCGCCAAAGACUGUAUCUUCGCCCCAUACUUUCCCUCUGAAGAUCCCCACAAAUUUGCCAUUGUGCACAAGGUCUUUGGUGCAAGCAAUGUCAGCAAAAUGUUACAGGAGCUUCCAUUUGAUCAAAGAACUGAUGCAGUGAGUAGUUUAGUGUAUGAAGCAAAUGCAAGAAUGAGAGAUCCAGUUUACGGGUGUGUUGGGGCCAUAUCGUACCUACAAAACCAAGUUUCGGAGCUGCAAAUGCAACUGGCCUUGGCCCAGGCCGAGAUUCUAUGCAUUCAGAUGCAGCAUGAUCAGGCAACCAUAGUUGAUAGUGGCGGCAUCGUUUGCAGGGGGUCGGCUUCACCGGUAGAGAUGGACCCAUGUUACUUUGGGUACUACGAUAAAUCCUGUUUUUCGGGUCAAAAUAAUAGCAAUGAUACUACUCUCAUGAUGAUGAGCCCACCUGAUCAUCAUCAUCAUCAAUAUCACAAUUUCUCCUCUUCCACCUCCAGUAUUGCAAUUCAUGACUCUCUUAAGCGAGAGUCUCUUUUUGGAAAUGACAUGGUUUCUUAA